GUUGAUUGAAGCCAAAGGUAAAACGCUGUGGCUGAACCCAACCCUAACACCGUUCAAGUCAUUGACUUCGAAACAGUUUCUCUUUUCAUUCUCUUGCCCUAAUCGCACGAUUCAACUUGUGCAGCCAAGAUCUAUCUUCCCAAUUCCACUUUAGAGAGAAACAAGUUACCACUGUGUUUGGAAAGUUAUAAGGAUGUUCGGUUCAACAAACCCUUUUGGGCAGUCAUCGACGAGCCCAUUUGGCUCUCAGUCAGUUUUUGGACAGAACAAUUCAAAUAGCAAUCCUUUUGCCGCUAAGCCAUUUGGUAGUACAACUCCAUUUGGUGCGCAAACAGGUAGUUCCAUGUUUGGAGGUACUUCUACUGGUGUAUUUGGUGCAGCUCAAUCCUCUUCUCCCUUCUCUUCCACUACAGCUUUUGGUGCUUCGUCUUCACCAGCUUUUGGUAGUUCAGUGCCUGCUUUUGGGUCAUCUUCAACUCCAGCUUUUGGCAGUUCAUCAUCAUCAUCAUUUGGUGGAUCAUCAGUUUUUGGUCAGAAGCCUGUUUUUGGAGGCUUUGGAUCUACUCCUACUCAAACAAGUCCAUUUGGAAGUGCCACCCAACCAUCACAACCAGCAUUUGGAAGCAGCAUAUUUGGUUCCUCUACUCCUUUUGGGGCGUCAACUCAGCCAACAUUUGGUUCAACAGGCAACCCUGCUUUUGGUGGUUCCGCAUUUGGUGCUACAAGUGCCCCUGCAUUUGGUGGCACGAGCACCCCUGCAUUUGGUGCAACGAGUACUCCUGCAUUUGGUGCAACUAGCACCCCUGCUUUUGGUGCAAGUGCAACUACCACCCCUGCAUUUGGUUCAACCUCAAGCCCACCUUUUGGGAGCACGGGGAGUGCAUUUGGUGUGUCAAGUGCUCCUGUGUUUGGAGGUGGGGGAGCAUUUGGGGCCUCAAGUAACCCUAUGUUUGGUUCAUCAAGUACGUCUGCUUUUGGCACUUCAAGUACUCCAUCAUUUGGGGCUUCUAGUUCUCCUGCUUUUGGUGCUUCUAGCUCCCCGGCCUUUAGUUUUGGUUCUGCUCAAGCUUUUGGUCAGUCCACUUCUACAUUUGGUAGCAGCAGCCCAUACGGGAGUACAACCUCUCCCUUUGGAGGUCAGAGUUCUGCAUUUGGAUCCCAGACUCCAACACCGACUUUUGGAAAUCCUGGUAUGGGACAAUCAGGUUUUGGAGUUCAACGGGGUGGAAGUAGAGUUGCUAGUUACACACCAACAACUGAAGCAGAUAGUGGUACCUCUGGACAGACUGCAAAAUUGGAGUCCAUAUCAGCCAUGCCUAUUUACAAAGAUAAAAGUCAUGAGGAGCUAAGAUGGGAGGACUAUCAAUUGGGAGAUAAAGGUGGACCACUUCCCUCUGCCCAGUCAACUGGUUUAGCAGGCUUUAGUUCAUCUACAACACAGACAAAUGCCUUUUCUCCUUCACCAGUGUUUGGUCAAUCAUCAGCCAAUCCUUUCUCUAGCACAACGCCAUCUAAUUCUAAUCCAUUUGCACCGAAGACUUCAACUUUUUCUUCUGGAUUUGGAACUUCUGCUGCUCCUGCCUUCAGUUCAUCAGCUUUUGGUUCUUCAACAUCAGCUACAGCACCUUCUAUAUUUGGCUCAUCCACGUCUGUAUUUGGAGCUAACUCUUCUUCAUCACCGAGCUUUGGACAAUCUGCAUCCCUGUUUAAUCCUGCUCCUGCUCAGGGUGCGUCAUCCCCAUUUGGCACAAGCACUUUUGGAAACACCCAGUCAUCCCCGUUAUUUAGUUCUGCACUCCCUACAGUUGCACAGACAGGUUCUACUUUUGGACAGAAUACCUCCCCCUUUGGGCAGACUACAUCUUUUAGUCAAUCAAGCUUGUUCAAUUCACCUUCUUCUGGGCUUGUUGGAAGCAUUUUCUCAACCAGUGCACCACUCACUUCUAACAAUCUAACAGGUUUUGGUCAAACAGCGCCAUCCAUGUCAACACCUUUCCAACCCGCACAAGUUGCUCAAUCCAGUGGUACUUUUGCCUUUAGCAACUAUGGCCAGACACAACCUGCUGGUGCAGGUAACUUCAGUGGCGCUCCAGGCAUGUUUGGUCAGAAUAAUUUUGGACUUCCGUCUUCUACCCAGAGCUCUAUGGUCGUACAAGCAGCACCCCUUACUAAUCCAUUUGGAACACUUCCUGCUUUGCCUCAGAUGUCAAUUGCUCGAGUUGGAACCACUCCUUCAAUUCAAUAUGGAAUCUCUAGCAUGCCUGCUCUAGACAAACCUGCUAAUGCUAGAAUAUCAUCUUUAUUGACUUCUCGACACCUCUCAAGACGAAUCAAGUUUCCUGUCAGGAAAUAUAAUUCUAAGAAUGAUGGAGCAAAGGUUCCAUUCUUUAGUGAUGAUGAGGAUACUCCAACCACACCUAAGGCUGAUGCUCUUUUCAUUCCUAGGGAAAAUCCAAGGGCGUUAAUCAUUAGUCCCAUAGAGCAGUGGCCUGGAAGGGCUUCCGAGAAAGCAUCAUCUUUCAAGGAUAGAUCCACACCAGUGAAUGAGAAUGAAACUGCAGUAGAAAAUGGUCAUGUCAAGGAGCAAGUUCAACCUACAACAACAGAGCAGGUGGUAUCCAAUGGGAGUAAUGAAGACCAUUCUCCACAAAAGGCGGGCAUGUAUAAGACCCUCAGCGGGUACAGAGCUGGUGAGGCUGCCAUUGUGUAUGAACAUGGAGCUGAUGUCGAGGCAUUAAUGCCAAAGCUUCGACGUUCUGAUUACUACACUUUGCCUCGAAUUCAUGAACUGGCGGCCAAGGAAAGAGCUGAACCAGGAUUCUGCAGUCAUGUCAAGGAGUUCGUGGUUGGAAGGCAAGGUUAUGGAAGCAUCAGAUUUUUGGGUGAGACAGAUGUACGAGGGCUUGAUCUUGAGUCCCUUAUUCAGUUUAACAAUCGUGAGGUGGUUGUAUACAUGGAUGAUGCAAAGAAACCUCCUGUUGGACAAGGGCUGAAUAAGCCUGCUGAGGUAACACUCCUCAACAUAAAAUGUGUUGAUAAAAAAACUGGAAAUCAGUAUACGGAAGGGCCAAAGAUCGAGAAAUACAAGGAGAUGCUUAAGAGAAAGGCUGAGGACCAAGGUGCUGAAUUUGUAUCAUAUGAUCCCACCAAAGGAGAGUGGAAGAUUAAGGUCAACCACUUCAGUGUCUACAAGCUGGUAGAUGAAGACAGUUGGAUAAAUGUUGACAAAUGAAGGUUGGUCCCGUAAAAUAUAGGGGAUGACAACAUUACACUUAAAUAGUUUCAGAACGGACUCCUGCUUUAAAGUGUUUUUUGUUUUUUCCUGUAAAUUUUUACUGUUUUAUGUUGAUAGAGCAAGUUGUUGAUGUGCUUUC